AUGGCUGCGCUUGGGAAUGUCGAAGGACUCUCCGAAGUCAUUGGUCGGGCCAUCCAGGAGCACCUGGAAAGGUCCAACAUCAACGUCGCAUGGCCACAGAUAGACGGCCUAGUGCGUCCUAUACUCCGAGUGGAGGCCUUCCUAGAAGAUGCAGGGCCAGGUAACGUGACGAGUCCACGCUCAGAAAGGGUUGCAUCGGGCGUCGACGCGUCUGACGCCCGUCGCAAAGGUACCGGAGGCCUGCGGAUUUCGCAGAACCAGAUCAUUCAGGAGGACUACAGCGAGCACCAGCGACAGAUGCAGGUCGACACGAGGAACUUCCCUAAGCGGAAGAAGGUGGCGUCGGAGAAGUUCGUGUUCCAACCUUCCACGCUUGACAAGCUGAUCAUCGGUAUCUGGGAGCAGCUUCACGGCUCUAUCAAUCUCGACCCCAAAGCCAUCUUCGAGCAGUUUCAGAUUGCACCUGCUGGAACCUCUGAUGUCGUCCGUCAAAGCACGUCAGACGUGACUGCAAUGGACAUGCUCAGCACGUCGACCGACAACACCCACGACUCGUUCAGCCAGAUGAAUGUCUUCUGCCGCAAAGUCACGCAGGCAAGUCGUGUGUGCCGAUCCAUCGAGAUGAUCGUGCAAGCCAGGUGGACGGAGCUUUUCGAAGAGCAGGUACAGUUCCGAAGUGCUACUGUACCUGGACUCUCGGCGACCAAACACAGGAAGGCGGUCUUCAUGGAGGCAUGUCAGGACUUUGGUUGGUCCGAGAAGGAGCUGCGGAACAAGAUGGCCAUCUGGAGAGGCUACAAGGAGGUCAAGGACGCCGCAGGCUGGGCAGCUCUUGUGUUCGCCGGCAUGGGCAUAUACCGCUUCUGCAAAUACCGCGUUGGCUUCGACAAGGAUGCAAUGAGACGGCUACGUAACCUGCGGAAGAGACUGGAGGUGGCUGCAGACACGUUGCAUCCGCACUGGCGGCAGCUGCUGGUCAUCGUCGGCGAGUCACCCACGCUGCAAUAUCCGGGUCACCCUCAUGAAUGGGUAGUGUUCGAGGAUGGCACUGACCCGACCCCUCUACGGCAGACUUACCUGGACCAAGAUCGUUACUUCGCCUUUGAACACGUUGAUGAGUCCAUCAUCGAUGAAUCGGUCUGGGGCUGCGAGGAUCCGCGAUGGAUGCCGCAACCCAACUCCAUUGCCCGGAUCAACGGCCAGUACAUUUGCGUGUCGUGCGGCGAACAGCAAUCGGACGACCCAAAGGCCAACACGUGCUUCUGCUUCCCGUCGCUGUUCGGCUGCGUCAAGCGCAAGCCUCCGCCGAUCCAAGUGUUCCGCACGCCGGACGGGAAGAACAACGGUCUAGUAGCUCUGACAUCGUUUGAGCGAGGAUCAGCCAUUGGCGAGCUGGUCGGCCUGAUAACAAAAGGCGUGAGCGGUCGCGACGUCAUGGACUCGUCGACGCCGCUGUCGAGCUACCAGAUAUGGCAGGAAAGGAUAGGAAACUACACGCGCUUCGCGAACCACAGCUGCAAAGCGAACGCGCAGUCAUCGACCUUUACGUGGCUGGACACGCAACACGUGCUCAUCGUCAGCAAGGGCAUCGAAGCUGGUGCGGAGAUAACGCUGGACUAUGGUGACAAGUACUGGGCUGGAUUGGACAAAGCCUCGUCGGAUGAAGAGAUCCUAGAGCACCAAGCAGGGUCGAGGAAGAGGAGGAGACUUUCACCGAGCGCCGAGGAGUCGGAUCAGUCUUCUGAAGACGCCCAGGCUUCAGCGUCGGCGGCUCGAGUGCUGCCCGUGUCGACAAUGUCCAGGAUCAAGACAAAACCGCAAGCGAUUCAAAAUGGAGCCAAAAGCGGUACGCCAAAAACCCAGCCCGACGGCGGUCGGGGCAAGGACAAACUGAGCUUUGCCGCGAUCGACGUCGCCCCAUGGCUCGUUGCGUCGUUGGCGUCCAUGGAGAUCAAGAAACCGACCGGUAUCCAGGCGGCAACCAUUCCAGAGAUUCUCAAAGGGCGGGACUGCAUCGGCGGCAGUCGCACCGGUACAGGCAAGACGGUUGCCUUUGCGGUUCCCAUGAUGCAGAAGUGGGCCGAGGACCCCAUGGGCAUCUUCGGACUGAUCAUGACACCAACGCGAGAGCUGGCGAUCCAGAUCUUCGAACAAGUCAAGGCCAUAUCCGCGCCUCAGUCAAUGAAAGCCAUCCUCAUCACAGGCGGCGCAGACCAGCGCGAGCAGGCCAUCAACCUGGCGUCAAGACCACACAUUGUUGUUGCCACGCCAGGGCGUCUCGCAGAACACAUCAAGACAUCCGGAGAAGACACGAUAUGCGGUCUGCGACGCGUCCGGUUCGUCGUCUUUGACGAAGCGGACCGGCUGCUCACGCCCGGAAAGGGCAGCAUGCUCCCGGAUCUCGAGACGUGUCUCUCGGUCGUACCGCCGCCCACACAGCGCCAGACGCUUCUCUUCACGGCCACCGUCACCGCCGAAGUCCUCGCGCUAAAGGAACAAGCGCGCGCAGGCCGGCCGCCCAUCUUCGUCUGCGAAGUCGACACCGAGGACCUCGCCAUUCCGCCAAAGCUGCACCAGACAUAUAUCCAAACCCCCGUCACUCACAAGGAAUGCUACCUGCACGUCGCCGUCUCAACGCCAGCGAACCUCGGCAAGUCCGCCAUCAUCUUCUGCAACCACACCAAGACGGCGACUCUGUUGGAAUACACGCUGCGCCUGCUAGACCACCGCGUCACGGCGCUGCACUCGGGGCUGAAGCAAUCCGACCGCGUCGCCAACCUAGCCCGCUUCCGCGCGCAAGCAGCCCGCAUCCUAGUCGCCACCGACGUCGCCGCGCGCGGUCUCGACAUACCCUCGGUCGCGCUGGUGAUCAACUACGACGUACCACGCGACGCAGACGACUACAUCCACCGCGUGGGUCGCACGGCGCGCGCAGGACGCGCAGGGACAAGCAUCACGCUCGUCGGGCAGCGCGACGUGGAUCUGAUCCACGCAAUCGAGGCGCGUGUGGGCCGGGCGAUGGACGAGUACGAGGAGGAGGGCGUCAGCAUCGAGGGGCGGGUCGUGCGCGAAGCGCUGGGGCCCGUGACGGAGAAGAAGCGCGAGGCGAUGCUGCGGAUCGAGGAGGGGCGCGAUGUGCUGGGGAAGCGCAGGACGGGGAUGCAGAAGCGGCGGGCGGCGUAG